AUGGCUGCUGGAGGCAAUGGAUCCUACUGCACUCCAGGACUAUGCCAAUAUUUGGCCAUGCUCCCACCAGCCAGUCACCUCCUCUCUCUCCUGCUGGUGCUAGGCACAGGUGGCACGGUGCCCAGCCCCUGGGUGCCUCCUCAGGGCUGCUACGUGGCAGAAGAAGCUGGUGAGAGGACAUUCCGCUGCAGCCAGGCAGGCCUGAGUGCUGUGCCCACCGGCAUCCCCAACGACACCCGCAAGCUCUACCUGGAUGCCAACCGGCUGGCAUCAGUGCCAGCUGGAGCCUUCCAGCACCUGCCUGUCCUGGAGGAGCUGGAUCUGUCCCAUAAUGCCCUUGUCCACCUCUCAGGGGCUGCUUUCCAGGGCCUGGCAGGCAGUCUGCGCCACCUUGACCUCUCUGCCAACCAGCUGGCCUCGGUGCCUGUGGAGGCCUUCGUGGGCCUAAAGAUCCAAGUGAAUCUAUCCUCCAACCCGUGGCGCUGUGACUGUGCCCUCCAGGAGGUGCUCAGGCAGGUGAGGCUGGCACCGGACACUGGAACAGGCAUCGUGUGUGGCCCCGGAGCCCGACCAGACCUCGUGGGGCAAGAGUUCCUGCCGCUGGCAGGGGAGGAAGAGCUGUGUGGGACGGGGCGGGGUGGGGCCCAGCGGAGCACUGAUGUAGCCCUGCUGGUCACCAUGGGGGGCUGGCUGGUGCUCGUGGUGGCUUAUCUGACGCACUACGUGUGGCAGAACCGGGAUGAGACUCGACGUCCCCUCAAGCCGGCCCCCGUGCUGCCCGUGCGCUCUGAGGACUCCUCUACCCUCAGCACAGUGGUCUGAGGACCAGGGCCACUCCUCCAGCCCCAUGCCCCACACUUCUACCGCCGUG